AGUCUCGCGGAGUUGAACACCGGCCAUUUUUCUUCAUUGAUAGCAGGACACUUUGUGCUUGGGUAGUGUAAGAGAGAAAGUGUGGAGCGAUCACUUUGAUAAGCCUGCAAGUUUCGGCAACUUUGAGUUUGGUAUCUGCGCAUCCAAACUUCAGACAAACACAACACAAACCAUGUCUGUGUCCACCGCCGUCAAGUUUUCUCGUUGACAUCCUUGCCCGGAUAGAUGCCUGUCUGAACUGUCGUACAAAUGGAAAUGGUGCCUAGCGAGGAGAACCAGAUCGUACCCAAAGAGAUACAAAAUGCAGCUGAGGAGCCCAGGGUGCUGUGUAUAAUUCAGGACACCACCAAUGCAAAGACGGUCAAUGAGCGGCUGACGCUGAACCUGCCUGCUUCCACUGCCCUCUCCAAACUGUAUGAAGAUGUCGCCCACAAAGCAGGCUAUGUGAUUGGUACCUUUGACCUCGCCUGGGGAAAUACAUCAGACAUGGCACCACUGGACCACAGCAGUGAGAUGUCCCUCUCUGAGUCGGGCUUUGAACCUGGUAAGAGGAAUUUCCUUCAGUUGACAGACAAAGACGGCGAGCAACCACAGAUCGCAUCGGAUGAGUCAGGGACAGCAGACAGCAGUGGACUUGAUGACAGUUCUCAGGAGCGUUUUAUUGGGCCCCUGCCCAGAGAUGGCACUGCGGGUUGCAGUAGUGACUACAGCAGCCCGUCUUACUCCUACUCCUCCAUUCUCAACAAAUCUGAGACAGGUUAUGUGGGCUUGGUCAACCAAGCUAUGACCUGCUAUUUGAACAGCCUUCUCCAAACACUGUUCAUGACUCCGGAGUUCAGAAAUGCGCUGUACAACUGGGAGUUUGAGGAGUCAGAAGAGGACCCAGUUACCAGCAUCCCCUACCAGCUUCAAAGGCUGUUCGUUCUGUUGCAGACAAGUAAGAAACGGGCAAUCGAGACCACUGAUGUGACACGAAGCUUUGGCUGGGACAGCAGUGAGGCCUGGCAGCAGCAUGAUGUCCAGGAGUUGUGCAGGGUCAUGUUCGAUGCCCUGGAGCAGAAAUGGAAACAGACAGAGCAGGCUGACCUGAUCAACCAGCUGUACCAAGGGAAGCUCAAGGAUUAUGUGCGCUGUCUGGAGUGCGGCUAUGAGAGCUGGAGGAUUGAUACCUACCUGGACAUCCCUCUUGUAAUCAGACCCUUCGGAGCCAGCCAGGCUUUUGGAAGUGUGGAGGAAGCUCUGCAGGCAUUCAUUCAACCAGAAACUCUCGAUGGCCCCAACCAAUACUUCUGUGAGCGCUGCAAAAAAAAAUGUGACGCCCGUAAGGGGCUGAGAUUUCUGCACUUUCCCUACCUGCUGACACUACAGCUGAAGCGUUUUGACUUUGACUACACCACUAUGCAUCGGAUCAAACUCAAUGACCGCAUGACUUUCCCUGAGGAGCUUGACAUGAGUCCCUUCAUUGAUGUGGAGGACGAGAAGUCUCCUCAGACAGAGAGCUGCACUGACAGUGGGGCUGAGAACGAAGGCAGUUGCCACAGCGACCAGAUGAGCAACGAUUUUUCCACAGAUGACUGUGUGGAUGAGGGCAUCUGCUUGGACAGCACAGGCAGCACAGAGAGGGUGUUGAAGCCAAAGAGUUUGUUGACUUUUGAGCUGUUCUCCGUCAUGGUCCAUUCGGGAAGUGCUGCCGGUGGCCACUACUAUGCCUGCAUCAAGUCCUUCAGUGAUGGCCAGUGGUACAGUUUCAAUGACCAACACGUCAGCAAGAUCACCCAGGAUGAUAUCAGGAAGACAUACGGAGGGUCCUCAGGGAGCAGGGGCUAUUAUUCCAGUGCCUUUGCAAGCUCUACAAAUGCGUAUAUGCUGAUUUAUAGAUUGAAAGAUCCCUCAAGGAAUGCAAAAUAUUUAGCUGUGGAUGACUUCCCUGAGCACAUCAAGUCUUUGGUUCAGAAGGAGAAAGAGUCUGAAGAACAGGAAAAGAGACAGAGAGAGAUUGAGCGCAACACGUGCAAGAUCAAACUCUUCUGCAUGCACCCUGUGAAGAUGUUGAUGAUGAUGGAGAGCAAGCUGGAAGUGCAUAAGGAUAAAACUCUCCGAGAAGCAACAGAAAUGGCCUACAAGCUGAUGGAGCUAGACGGUGUGGUCCCUCUGGACUGCUGUCGCUUGGUGAAAUAUGAUGAGUUCCAUGAGUACCUGGAGCGCUCCUAUGAAGGCGAGGAGGACACACCGAUGGGCCUGCUGCUGGGAGGAGUCAAGUCCUCAUACAUGUUUGACUUGCUGUUGGAAACACGCAGGCCAGAGCAAGUGUUCCAGCCUUACAAGCCCGGAGAGGUGAUGGUAAAGGUUCACGUGGUUGAUCUGAAGAGUGAGACCAUCGCUCCUCCCAUCAGCGUCAGGGCCUACCUGAAUCAGACGAUCACUGAAUUCAAACAGCUCAUUGCACAGGCUACAGAGCUAUCUGCAGAAACCAUGCGCGUGGUCCUGGAGCGCUGCUAUAACGACCUUCGGCUCCUCUAUGUUCCAAACAAGACACUGAAAGCUGAGGGCUUCUUCAGGAGCAACAAGGUUUUUGUGGAGAGCUCUGACUCAACGGAUCACCAGGUCACUUUCACUGACUCUCUCUUGUGGAAACUGCUGGAUCGCCACGGGAAUACAAUCCGACUUUUGGUCUUGCUGCCUGAGCAGUCUCCUGGUACUUUGACCAACAGAACUGUUUGCCAAAAAAUGGGAGGUGACUCUGAUGUUUCCUUUGAAGGAUCAAAGGGUAACAGGAAGUCCGUAGAGGCUAUCCUGGAGGAGAGCACAGAGAAGCUAAAGAACCUGUCUCUCCAGCAGCAGCAACAGGGCUCCAGCACCAGUGACAGCCAGAAAAGCUCAGAUGCCAGCGACUUUGAACAUAUUGAGUCCCCAACCCAGGAGGCCGAUUCAAACUCAUCCAUUUGUGCAGCUGCAGACAACAGAGAGCUGGAAAACCGGAUCCGGGCAGCAGCUGGGGGCAGCGGUGGUGCCUCCUCUGAUGCCGAGAACCAGUUUGCCUGUGAGGAGCGCUCAGACUCUGAGGUAAACAACGACCGCAGCACCAGCUCGGUGGACAGCGACAUCCUGAGCUCUAGUCACAGCAGUGACACACUAUGUAAUGCGGACAGUGGCCCUAUCCAGCUGGCUAAUGGCUUGGACUCACACAGCAUCACCAGUAGCCGCCGCUCCAAAGCCCACGAGGGCAAAAAAGAGACCUGGGACACUGCUGAGGAAGACUCCGGCACAGACAGCGAGUACGACGACAACGGAAAGAGCAAGGCAGAGGCUCAGUACCUGUACUUCAAAGCAGAACCUUGUGCUCACGAUGAGUCAUCUGGGGAUGCACAAAAAUGUUUAGUGGUCCAUGUGGAUAAGAGAAUAACGUUGGCAGCGUUCAAGCAGAACCUGGAGCCCUUCGUGGGAGUUACCUCCACCCAGUUCAAGGUGUUCCGGGUGUACGCCAACAACCAGGAGUUUGAGAGUGUACGCCUCAAUGAAACUCUCUCAUCCUUCUCUGAUGACAAUAAGAUAACUAUUCGACUUGGAAGAGCGCUGAAAAAGGGUGAAUACAGAGUGAAAGUGUAUCAGCUACUAGUGAAUGAACCAGAGCCCUGUAAGUUCCUUGUGGACACGGUGUUUGCCAAGGGCAUGACUGUCAGACAGUCUAAAGAGGAGCUGCUUCCUCAGUUGAAAGAGCAGUGCAAGCUUGACCUCAGCAUUGACAGGUUCCGUCUCAGGAAGAAGACGUGGAAGAACCCAGGAACAGUGUUUCUGGACUACCAUGUUUACGAGGAAGACAUCAACAUUUCUUCCAACUGGGAGGUCUUUCUGGAGGUCCUCAAUGAACCAGAAAAGAUGAAGUCUAUGUCCCAGCUGGCUGUUCUAACGCGGCGUUGGCGUCCUGCUACAAUGAAGCUGGAGCCCUUCCAGGAAGUGGUUCUGGAGAGCAGCAGUGUGGAAGAACUCAAGGAGAAGCUUAGUGAAAUAAGUGGUAUUCCUCUUGAAAACCUGGAGUUUGCCAAGGGGAGAGGAACGUUUCCUUGUGACAUCUCUGUGUUGGAGAUCCACCAGGAUUUAGACUGGAACCCGAAGGUGUCAACCCUCAAUGUGUGGCCUCUGUACAUCUGUGAUGACGGAGCCGUGGUCUUCUACAGGGACAGCACUGAGGAGCCUAUGGAUCUGUCAGAGGAUGAACGCAACGAGCUGAUGAAGAAGGAGAGCAGCCGGCUGCUGAAGACCGGACACCGCGUCAGCUACUCGCCUCGCAAGGAAAAGGCCCUCAAAAUCUACCUGGACGGAGGCCCAGCCAAGGACCCGGGACAGGACUGAUGCACAGACCUGCCGCUCCGUGGGUGUUUGGAAGGCCUGCCUGCUGCAAUGUAGCGGCCAGGCUCAGGGACUCUGUCUGAGCACGGGGUCCCACAUUGACUUGAACGUCAAGCAGCGCUGUGAGGCUGACGUGCUCUCACCCUCCACUCUGGGCUCCAGGAUUAGCUCAGAAAUCCUAUUGUGCACUAUAGUGUAUUGUACUGUAAAGUUUAAAGGGAAGUACAAAAGCUAUUCGAUUAUUAAAAAAGAAAAAAAAAAAAGAAUCAAAUACUGUAUAGACAAAUCAACUGAACGUCAAGUUCCAGAGAUGGAUGCAUGGAUGUUAGAACUGUGAAACUGGAGAGGAAGGCAUCCAUCCCUGUCUGUUUAUGUCACCUGUCUCCUUUCACAUGAGUCUUUCUCCUUCACCUUCCUCUCUGCCACUGCGUGUUUCUCUUCCUGUUUUGGAUGUAGUGUUGAUUAAGCCCAUCUGACUCAAUCGUGAACAUCUUGUAAGUCUAUACGCUCACGCCUCCUUAACACUUCUCCACCAGACAAGUUAUGCUCAUCCUUAGAAGCCUCACCUCCUUUAAAUGCUAUCAAACCAGUAGUACAUGCAACCAAGAACUACUUAUCUAGCCCUCUUGUAUCCUCUCUCUUUGGUGAGAUGGACUUUCUCACUUUCUCAGUAUCUUUGGCAAGUUGAAAAGUAAUUUAUACUCUAGAUUGGAUGAUUCAAAAUUGCUAACCCAGAGGUUGUUCCCGCCCUUCUCCUAUAAUGCCUCAAAGUAAUGCGUCAUUAUGGGUUGUUCUUACUGCUGCUCUUCUAAUGCUUUAUAGGAGCUUUGCCUCUCGUACAUAACUUCCACAGGAUUUACUGAUACAUAGGCUAUCGGUCCUUUACUACCAAGGACUUAGAAACAAAACCAAGUAGACUAUGUUAUGAAUCUCCUUUUUUUGUUUUUGUUCAUUGUAAAUUAUUAUUUUGCUCCAGACUUAAUGAUCCAGUUAGGUCUUGUGAGAUAACUGGCACACAUCUGUUGUUUGUAUUUAACCUUUAAUUUAGAAAGUUAAUGGGUUGUUUUUUUUUUUCUGCAUCAUGUGACCUGGGUGUGCAUCUCUCGCGUCAUCCACAUGUGUGUGAUGUUGGACUGGGGCCGAGAGCCCUCUGUGGUUUUUAACCAGAGAGAGCGAGGUUGUUUUGGCGCUUCUACCUGCUGCUGCUUGAUAGACUGACACCAGAGGGUGUAGAGAGCCCGUCGGACUUUCACGUCUGGCCCAACACUCUGCGGACUGGAGCUUAGCAUUCCAGCCCCUCUGGGCUUCUGAUGCUGCCACCAGCUAUUCACUGUAGAAAUGCCAAUAUCUGAAGAAAUUCUUCUUUUGAUGUUGAUGUUUAUUUCUUUGAGAAUUAAAUCCUGUGUGAAAAAUAGUUUAAGUUGAUUUUAGAAAUGAAUUAAAAUGCUUUUUUUUCAUAA